AUGUGGCGACAACUUAAGAAGAAGUCAACAGAACAAAAUAAUUUCAAAUCAGAACAUAUGAUCCAAGCGAUAAAGUUAGCUGAAGAAAAGAAGAAAAUGCAAGAAGAGAAAGAGAGAGAGCAAGCAGAAAUGAGGAAGAAGAGAGCGGAGUCAAGGGUAGGAGCAAGUGCUGGGGGAGAUCCGGUAACCCAGAGCACGUCAUCAGGACCUGCACCGACAACAACGAGUGGGAAGUCGGCUAUAGAGAUCAAGAGAGAGAUGAUAGAAGAAGACGAGCAUCAGGAAAGAGGUGAAAGGAAUCAAGAUGAGGAAGGACCGCCUAAAGAAGUGCAAGAAGACAAGAGAAAAGAUGAUAACCCGAAUUCAAUGUUCAACAAUUCCGACACGAAUGAAAGUGAAGAAUCGGAAUCAGAAGUGGAGGUAGUGGAGAAGAAGAAAAAGAGGAAGAAAGGAAAAGCAAAGAGAAGGUCUUCAUCAGUCUCGUCACAGGAAAGGAGCGAUAGAAGAGGAAAUGAAGAGGAAUUUGGAUACCUGAUAGAAGCAGAUCAAAUUAGAACAGACGGAGAGUCGGUUCGAGAAAAGAAGUCGAUGAACUCGAAGAAGAAACAAGAGAAUAGACCGGUGUCAGAUGACAGACCGUUGCUGGACCGAUUAGUAGAAGCCCUUGAAGGGAAAGGAGAGGGUGAUAUCGACGCCUUGAGAAAAGAAUACAAGAUGCAAUCAUUCCAACAAGACAAGAAGACGGGUUGGAGACAGAACAGGAGACAAAGAGGGGGUAAUCGGGGGCACUGGAACAAUCAGGAGGAAACGUCGACAUCGGCAACGACCCAACCACCUCCCUACUUCCGGAAGAAGCAAACGGGGAAGGAGUGGGUAGCACUGGGCCAGAAACACGCGAAUAACCAGGCAUUGGUUGCGAACAGAGGAGGGAAAGGUAAUGGGAAAGGGUAUGGGAAAGGACAAACAGCCACCCGAGAGAGUAGAGCUUUCAGAAAGUCUGAAACUGACCGAGAGAGCCGAAGUGAGUCGAACAAAGAAGGACUUGAGGAGCGGAGAGAGACCAGCAAAGGAGAGAGGCGCAAGUGUUCAGGAGGCCGAGGAAGAACAACAAAGCCCUCGACAGAUCGACGAACAGGACCUGUUCGAAAGAGGUUCAGAAGUGUCAGAGAGCGACGAAGAGGUGGAGGAAUCAGAAGAUGA